UUUUCCCUUUUCUCUCUUCCUCUCUCUCUCUCCAUUCCCUUUCAUUCCAAACAUGAGUAGCAUUAAAAGCAAUAGCAGUUAUACCCGUGAUAUUCAUAACAUUCACAAUAUCAAAAUUGUCCAUCACCCCGACACUGUGCGGAUCCAACUUGCCAAUCAAACGGACGUUCCUUUCCAUCAAUAUCUCGCACAAACCUGUCCUUCCUUAUUUGGUCCCAAAGCUCAAUUCAAACCCACACCUUAUCUCAGAUCCAAACACUUGCAAACCAUCUAUGCCUCCUUCUAUGACGGCUCUUCCACCAAGAACGAUAUCACCUACGAAAGACAAAUCCUAGAGUUUGCCAAUGGUGGUGUAGCCUCGCUCGAUUGGGCCGUCCCUUUAACCCCUUUACCUGAAGACACCCCCACCUUGGUCAUCUUGCAUGGAUUAACAGGUGGAAGCCAUGAAAAUUAUAUCCGUGGAUUACUUCAAAUCAUUGCAAGACCACCGAUUAAUUACAGAGCUGUAGUGUACAAUGCACGAGGAUGUGGCUUUACAGAGGUCAACACACCUCAAUUAUUUAAUGCAUCCAUCACAGACGAUAUCAGAGAGGCUCUUCGUCAUAUUCAAAAACAAGUAGGACAACACACUCCUUUAAUCGGUAUCGGAUUUUCUUUGGGCUCCAACAUCCUUGUCAAAUAUUUGGGCGAGGAAAAAGAAAAAACUCCCUUUUUGGCUGCUAUCUCUGUUGCCAACCCAUACGAUUUAUUAAGUUCCGGAAGAUUGCUGGAUCAAGGUUUUUUUACUCGAAAUGUGUAUUCCCAUCAAAUGGCCGAUAACCUUAAAAAUAUCUUUCUCAGAAACAAGGACAUGAUGCUAACGCAUGGCCAAAUCGACUUGGAAGAAGUCUUGGCAGCAAAAACUAUCCGAGAGUAUGAUGACGCCUGCACCAAAAAAAUGUCCAAUUACACCACCGUGAAUAAUUAUUACCGUGAUGGCAGUUGUUCUCGUGUGAUUGAGCAUGUGCGUGUACCUUUGCUUUGUAUCAAUGCAUUGGAUGACCCAAUCUCGACCGAAGCUUGUAUCCCCGUAGAUGAGAUUCGUGUCAACCCUUAUAUUAUUCUCGCCGGCACAAAACAUGGAGGCCAUCUUGGCUGGUUUGAACAUGCGGUUCGACCUAGUCGAUGGGUGGAUAAACCCAUCGCCGAGUUCAUUGUUGCCAUGUUCCAGGCAAACGAUACCCGUAAGGACGCUGUCAAAUUAGAUGUGGACGUAGUUGCACGUAGUGCUAAAUCUAUUAGAAAGGUUCGAUUCCCCUCCUUGAAUGUUUCUAUUCCUCCUACUAUGAUGAUGAAAAAUCGCUAAUUUCUUUUUUUUUUCUUUUUAAAAAAAAAACU